AUCUCCUCCCACCUGACGAGAACAUGAACAGAGGGUGGAGCUCGGUGUUAACUGCAGAACUUUGACUCCAAGGAAACCACCAGUGACUCCCUUGAGCUAAACGCGAUAGCAGCCAAGCAGGAACUUGCCAGGGUUGUAACCUACCGAAUCCACAAUGAAGAAGUUCCUUGGCAUUGAGAGCUGAAGAUGUUAUGUGACUUUUCACACCGGAACCAAACUUAAGGAGAGCUAGAACCAACACAAACAAGUGACCAAUGAUCUCGACCAGAAAGGAAAGUUUAACUUCACCCAGUUUGGAUGAUUCGUUCUUUCCCUUCUCCUCAUCCACCCCUAUUACCCGGCAUCGCAUCCUGGGUGCGGGGGUCAGGGCAGACAGCCUGCUGGAAUCUCAUACAGACCAUGAUGGCAGCUCGACCCUGCUGGAGAAGGAUCUCAUCCUGGCAGCUGAGUUGGGCCAGGCUCUUCUGGAGAAGAACGAGGAGCUGGAAGCUCAGCUGGAACAGAUGAGGAAAGACAUGGAGGCUCUGCAGCAGGAGAAGCACACAAUUCAGAGACAUCUGGAGGUCCGGGAACUAGAGGCAGGGCAGCGUGAGGCAGAGCUACAGACUGAUAUCGCUGCACUACGGCAACAGUUCGACCAAAAGCACAACCAGGGUCGAGACCGACGGCGUGAAGAAAGUGAGCAGCUUGCACAACUAUCCAGUCACAACCAGAAGCUGGUGGAGCAAUUAGCCGAGGCAGUUUCACUGGAACACUCUUUACGCCUUGAGCUGCGGUCACUGAGAGAGGAAAUGGAGGACACGAGUUUCAGCAGAUCAAUAAACUCUGCUUGUCUGGACACCCUGCAAGCAGAGAAUCGAGUGUUAAAAGAGCGAUGCUCCAACAUGGACAAGCAGCUGAAGUCCUCGGACGAGGACAACGAGCGGAUAAGGAUGGAGAGGGAAGGACUGCGUGUGAGACUCCUCGAGCUACAGUCCAAUCUGAAAGAAAAGGAGGGUGAGCUGGAGCAGCACCAGAGUGAAGUGUUCCAGUUGCGCACCAUAAAUCGGAGCCUCCAGCAGAGAGUCCAAGCAUUAGGAGAAGAAGCCAGUCUGGAGGAGAUCACAUCCUUCCCUCUGUCUCUACAGAAUGAAUUGCAACAAUCUCAGGCCACAGAAAGCAUCUUGGCUCAUUCUGCUGUCCUGCAAGAGAAAGAAGAGGAGAUUGAAAGGCUAAAGAAAGAGCUUGAAUCCAACCAGGAUGAAUUAGCGGCGCUAAGAGAGGAACUGAAGCCGUUCCGCAGUGAUUCCAACAAACCUCCAUACAGAGCCUUGGAGGAAGAUCUGGCCUUGGCACGGCAGGAGCGUGACACGCUCAACCAGCAGCUCCUGAACACCAUCCGACACAAGGUGGCUCUCUCUCAGGAAGUCGAAUCCUGGCAGGAGGACAUGCGUCUGGUGAUAUGCCAGCAAGUGCAGCAGCAGGUACAAAAACGGGAUAAAGAGAAUGAGAAGACUGCGUCGCCUCUGCAAAGAAAUGUUCGCUUGAGCAGGUCUUUCCGUUUACCGACAGAGAAGAAGAGCUUCUUCUCUUCCUUGUUUGGGGGGGAAUAAAAAAAAAAAGAAAAGUUGACUGAGGACAAAAAAUAAACCCCCACUGGAUUA